AUGGACAUAGACAAAUACAUGGAGAUUUUAAGAAAUAUCAGAUGCUUAAGUGAGCGAGACUCGCAUAUGGUUUGUGAAUUGGCUAAGGAAAUUCUAGCUGAGGAGCCAAACAUUGUCUAAGUAAAGGCUCCAGUAACAAUAUGUGGAGAUAUUCGUGGGUAAUUUUUCGAUUUGCUGGAACUAUUUAUAAAUGGAGGGUAAAUACCAGAAAAGACCUAUGUAUUUAAUGGAGAUUAUGUUAAUCGAGGGUAAUAUGCAUUUAUUUUAAAGGCAUCAAUCUGUUGAAACCUUCUAAUACUUGCUUUGUUUGAAGAUAAAAUAUCCAAAACAUAUUACUUUAUUGAGAGGAAAUCAUGAAUAAAGAGCUUUAUCUGAAAUGAAUGGACUAUACGAAGAGGUGAAAAGGAAAUAUGGGAACAUAUAUCCUUGGUAAUACUUUUGCGAAGUAUUUGAUUACUUACCAUUAUGUGCAUUAGUCAAUUAAAAGGUUUUUUGUGUACAUGGGGGAUUGUCUCCAUAAAUAAAAUAGAUAGAUUAGAUCAGAAUGAUUGGUUUAAUAUUAUGAUAUCUGAAUAGAUCGAAGAAAUGCGAAGGAGGGAGAAGGCCCGAUGAGUGAUUUGUUAUGGUCUGAUCCUGAAUAAGAUUUAGAUGGAUGGACAUAAAAUGGACGAAGAGGAGUUCAUUAAUUUGGAAAAAAAAUAGUAGAUCAAUUUAAUCACAUUAAUGAUUUAACUUUGAUUGCAAGGGCCCAUCAGUUGUAAAUGGAUGGAUAUAAAUAUUAUUUCGACGUAAAAUAGAGAUUAGAGAUUAGAAAUAAUUGGUGACUGUAUGGUCAGCUCCUAAUUAUUGUUAUCGAUGCGGAAAUAAAGCUUGCAUGAUGAAUUUGGAUGAAAAUUUAGAGCAGAGUUUCAUAUUUUUUGAAGAAUCUUAGGAGCUCACUUAAAAUUUCAUGGAUCGAGGAAUGCUGCCUUAUUUUUUAUGA